UGAGAAUAAGAGGCUAAAAAGAAAGUUUACAUUAAUAUUAUUUAAAAUAAUUAUAAAACUGUAGAUCUCUGAGAUUAUGGACCGCAUAGAUGUAGGUAGCAUUCGUGUGCCUGGAGGCGGAGAUAAGGUUUAUAAGGAUGAGUGUAUGUACUGUUUUGAUUCGCCGGAAUCAGACGAUGGAUUAUAUGUAUGUAUGUCCACAUUCCUGGGUUUCUGUAAAAGACAUAUCAAACUACAUAUAUCAAAAACAGGAAGAGAAAUCUCCAGAGAUACACCCCCAAAAAAGAAGCCUACAAGGCUUGCUAUAGGGGUGGAAGGAGGCUUUGAUGCUGAAGACAAGAAGGUUGAAUUUGAAGAAGUCAACUCAGUGGCAGUAUUUGGUGAUGAAGAAGAACCAGCAGUCUUUGCAUUACCAAACCCUGAUCUACCACUACAGGUGUGUCUAUGCUGUGCCUAUGAUCACUACUGUAGUGGAUCAGGCAGUGGAGGCAACAACCAUGCACUAGAAGCAUAUCAACAAAAAAAGUACCCUCUUGCCGUGAAGCUAGGUACCAUUACCCCUGAUGGAGCAGAUGUAUUCUCCUACGAUGAAGAUGAAAUGGUAGAAGAUCCAAACUUGGCCAAACACCUGGCUCAUUUUGGCAUCAACAUCACACAGAUGCAAAAGACAGAUAAGACRAUGGCUGAACUGGAAAUUGAUAUCAACAUGCGGAUAAGAGAAUGGGACGUCAUUCAGGAAUCAGGAAAGAAGCUYAUUCCUCUAUAUGGCCCUGGAUACACUGGCCUAAAGAACCUUGGAAACACGUGUUACAUGAAUUCAGUCAUGCAAGUGUUAUUCUCUAUCACAGAAUUACAGCAAAGAUAUGGAGCCGCAAAGGAAGAGAGUUUUGCUAACUCACCAAGUGAUCCAUCUGGAGAUUUUAACACACAAAUGGUGAAGCUAGCAGAUGGUAUUCUGUCUGGACGAUACUCACAACCACCAAAAGAACCCAAGAAAACUGAUGAUUCACAGGGAGAGCAAACAGUGGAGCAAGAUGGAAUAUCCCCUCACAUGUUCAAGGCUCUGAUUGGUAGAGGGCAUCCAGAAUUUUCCACCAAUCGGCAGCAAGAUGCACAAGAGUUCUUUGYAUAUCUGAUCGAGAAUAUUGACAGAGCAGAGAGAACCAACAAGGGGCUGGUAAAUCCAGUGGAUUCAUUUAGAUAUAAAGUUGAAGAACGAAUCCAAUGUAUGGAGUCCAAGAAAGUUCGUUACACAAGCAGAGAAGAUAACAUGCUGUCGUUAGCAAUACCAAUGGACGCAGUGUUAAACAAAGAUGAAGUAGACGCGUACGAAAUCAAGCGUAAAGAGGCAGAUGAAAAGAAAGAACGGCUGGAUGCCAGCGUCAUGGUCAGACCCAAGGUGUCCAUGUCCUCAUGUCUCGAGAACCUCUCCACGCCUGAAACAAUUCAAGAUUUUUACAGUCCUGCAAUAAAGGCGAAAACUACAGCUUUGAAAACCACUCGCUUCCUAACUUUUCCAGAUUAUCUAAUGAUCCAAAUCAAAAAGUUCACUCUCGGUGAAGAUUGGGUUCCCAAAAAACUAGAUGUUGAGCUAGAGGUUUUGGAGGAGCUUGACUUGACUCUACUGAAGGGAACAGGACUCCAGCCGGAGGAGGAAGAACUCCCUGAAGAGGAAGCUCCAGCUUCUGUAGAGCCAGACGUCGAUGAGGGAGUUGUCCAACAGCUCGUAGACAUGGGCUUUGAUCGACAGGGAUGCAGAAAAGCAGCUCACUUCACAAACAAUCAAGGUGUUGAGGCUGCUAUGAACUGGGUGUUAGAGCAUAUGGGUGACCCAGACUUUGCAGAACCUUUGCGGCUACCAGGUUCAAAGCCUUCUGCUGCUAACAUCAAUGAAGAAUCAGUAGCUAUGGUAAUGUCAAUGGGAUUUAGUAGAGAACAGGCUGUCAAGGCUCUGAAAGCAACGGAUAACAACCUUGAACGGGCAGCGGACUGGAUAUUUAGCCAUGCGGACGAACUAGAUGCUAUGGAAGUAGAAGGAGCAGAAGAGAAUGCUACCAAGUUUAAAGACGGACCUGGAAAGUAUCGUUUAAUGGCCUUUAUUAGUCACAUGGGGACGUCUACAAUGUGCGGACACUACGUCUGUCAUAUUCUUAAAGAUGGAAGAUGGGUUAUCUUUAACGACAGAAAGGUUGCACAAUCAGAAACACCUCCAAAGGAGCUUGCCUAUUUGUACCUUUAUAAAAGGAUGACUUAGCUAGACUAUUCUUUCUUUUGUGUCUGUGUCUUGUAAUAUUUAUUGUUACUUAAAGUAGACAUAAUGGGAAAAGAAGUAAGAAAAAUUAAAGUAAGAAUAGUAAGAAGUAAAAAGAAGGUAAGAAUAAAGAUAAGGAAACAAAAGAAAACAAAGAAAACACAAACAAGAAAGAAAUUAUUUCAGGUUGUUAAUUGGAUCACUUUUUUGAUUGGUUCAUUUGUCGACUAUUUUGAUUGGUUUAGCUUUCCUGUAAUUUGAUUGGUUCACAGUAGAAGCUACUAUUUGGAUUGGAUGGCCUUUCCUGUGAUUUGAUUGGUUGAGAGUUUAAGGAUCAUAUCAGAAAUUUUUUGAUUGGAUGAGCUUUCCUGUCAUUUUAUUGGUUCUGAGAUGUGAAAGCCGUUUGGAAAUCUUACGUACCGUUCUGUAACUGUGUCAUGAUGCAGAAUCUUAAAUUUAAACAUUUUGUGACUUCGAAUCUAAAUGAACAUUUAAGAAAAUACAGGGCUUGGCACCGUCACGUGAUGGCAGUCAUGACAGGAGGCAGGAACAAGAAAUAAUUUAAUUUCCCAGGAGAGAAAGACUCUAUUGUUGUGCCUCAUGUCAUGGCUGCCAUCACGUGAUGGUGCCAAGCCUCUAGAAAUAAUUUUUGCACUGAAUAAAUUGUUAAGGUCUAUUUGAA